CCUAAUACUUGAGCUACACAGAAGAAUAUUUGUAAAUAUAGUUCGGGUUAUAAAUCCAAGUAUGAAGUUGUUGCCAAGACCUUAAUAUUUAUAUUCAUCAGUGAUUGCUAAAACAAGUUGAAAUUAUGAAAAAUUCAAGUUAAAUAAAACAAAAUGAUAAAGCAAAACUUUAUUUCCAUUUUGGCUAUCAGCUUUUAUAUACCAAGAAUUAUUUGUAAUAGUGCUCCAUUCGAAGUCGAUUGUAGCAAUUUACGAAUAGGACAGUAUAUAUGCCCGGAUCCGGAUCAUAAAUAUUUAGAUGAAAUGAUAGAUCCUAAAACACAACAGCUCAGAGGAUGUACCAAAGAAAAUAAAGCAAAAGUGAGGUGUCUCGUUGCUAAUGGAUUAGUUUGUUCAGAUACUCACAAUAGCACAUUUUAUAAGGAUAUGCCAUGUAAAUGGACAAAUGGUUAUUCAUUUGAAACAACCCUAUUAUUAUCCAUAUUCUUAGGAAUGUUUGGAAUAGACAGAUUCUAUUUGGGAUAUCCAGCAAUAGGAUUAGCAAAAUUCUGUACAUUAGGAUUCAUGUUUUUGGGACAACUUGUAGAUAUUAUUUUAAUUGCAACACAAGUCGUUACACCUGCAGAUGGUUCUUUUUAUGUAAUGCCAUUUUAUGGACCACAUGUGGAGGUUAUUAAAAGUGAUAAUAAUACUUAUAGAUUACCACAAGAUGACUGGUGACAGUGUAUAUCUUAAAUAAGUGAUUAUAAUUUUAUGAUAAAUAUAUUUUCAACAGUGCAACAACCCUCAACUACAGACACUGAUACUAACGAGUCUAAGAGACUUCUAUCAACAUCCUCUCCUAUUUACAAAUAGGUGUUAAUUUUGAAUUGUUUGUUAAAGUGGCUAAUUAAAUGAACGUAUUUAUUUAUAUUUCUGUUGAUAUAACUCCAAAAAAUUAAUAAUAAUAUACAAUAGCUCUUAUGAUAACAAAAA